AUGAGACCUUCGAAUACCAUAGCCGACAUUACCACCGAGUAUCCCGAGACAGCAGGGCAUACUUUGUCCCCGCUGACGAGACUGGUCCAUGACAUUUUCCAUCUCAAAUUUGGCGAGCAGCUUAUUCUGCCCGAGCGGAGAAUGAAUGCCCUACGCCGAGUGCUAGAUUGCGGGUCUGGAAAUUGCAGCUGGGCACUGGACGUCGCCCGCCGGUAUCCUAAUUGCGAAGUGCAUGGGGUUGAUAUUAGUCCCAUCAUGAUGCCCUUUGGAUUACCCUCGAACCUGUUCCUCUACCAAUGCGACCUUAACGACGAGAUCCCUUAUCCGGACAAUCACUUCGACUUCGUCCACAGUAGACUUGUUGAUGGCGGCGUCAACUCUGACCGAUGGGUUCCAUAUAUUCGUGAAAUGAAGCGGGUUCUUGUCCGUCGUGGAUGGGUCCAGAUGGUUGAGAUAUACUUCAAUGCACAGUCUUUCAACGGAUCAUUCAAUGAUCUUCCCGACGGCGGUGCUCUUCGUCAGUGGUCAAGUCAUUACUUAGGGGCAAUGAGGCGUCUGGGGAAGAACCCGGCAAUCGGAAUGCGCCUAGGUGACAUGCUGACAGCUUCUGGGUUUGUCGAAGUAGAGGCACAGUCGUUCAACUUACCCAUGUGCGCAUGGUCCAAUGAGUCUCAGCUGGCGGCGUAUAACCAAUACAAUGUGGCUGAAUUGCUGCAUUCGCUAGCCUUGUGGCCGCUAACAGCAAGACCUGGAGGGCUUAGGAUGACCAUCGAUGAGUUCGAUCGGCUGGUGGGCAAUGCCAGGGUCGAAGCCAGCAACCCGAAUUUGAAGACCGUCGUUGUGGGUAGCCAUAUUUCGAAGUGGAUGAGCUACGUCGCUGUCGGUCGGCUGGUUGCAUGUCAGGAUCUGGAAGACGGGGACUCCAAGCCGUUAGCACCAAGUGUAGGAAGUGGAAGUCUGUUUAAGGUUUACGCAGAACUGGGCAGCAAGUUGGAAAGCGCGAUCCUAUCAUACUUGGGUGUUCUCGGUUCCAGCCAGCUGGGUCCUGUUCAUUCAACGACGCCCGCCAUGAGCUAG